UUCAUUAACAUCAAAACAAAAAUUAGAGUCAAAGUACAAAUUCAAAGUAUAGUUGUUCCACAAGAUCCAAAAUUAUCAAGAAAGAGUUCAAAAUUUAAGUUAGCAUCGCCAUUUUGGAGUUUUAUCUUCAAUUGAUAGUGUGAUUCAAAAUUCACAUAAUAUUUACUUGACAAAAUGCAGGACAGAUCUAGCGAGUGGGUAGCUCCAGUAGAGGACACUUCAAACGUUGACAAACAAACAAUGGCAAUGGUGACUCAACCCCAAACGUCUCGAGGUUACCAAAUGCCACUUAAGUCUGGUGUCUUAUUGAAGAGAAGAAUUGUAAGAGUUACUCUUCCUGGCGUUGGAAUGGGAUCUUCCAUUGAAGAUGGACAUGGUCCAUUCCUGGGCCUAAAAAAGGGCAAUUUGCCUAAUCCAGAACAAAUUCAAGGAAUAAUCAGAGGUCUAAAAGAAAAGAUGUGGCUCAUCCAGGAGGAAUUACAUGGUGGCCCGGUUGGUCAACUUGGGCAUUAUGAUUCAAAUAUCAACAUGUUGAAGGCUUUGGGACCAGGGCAAACUAAGAUGUCUCAAAAUCAAACAAAACCUUUGGAAGGAGGGCAGACAGACGUUGGACAUCCUAUGAUGGAGAUCGACUGCGAAUAUGAGAGAAUACAUAGGAUUUACAAGCUGACGUCUCAACUUCCUGAACAGUCUUCUAUUAUAGUUGAAGGGUCGAUGAAUGAUAAUGCUAAAUGGUUUGAAGUGACCUUCUUGGUUGGAGAAAUAAAAGAAGAUUGCUAUUAUGACCUAGACAAAUAUCCUGAAAUUGCAUUACUGUUUCAUCCAAUGACUGGUAGCACUCGCAUCAAUAUCUACACAUACCGUAAUUACCGCUCGAAAUAUAUGAAAUACGAUGGUUGGGGUUAUUCUAAGGGUUCAGUUGAUGAAAAGUUUCCGUUCCGUCCAGGACAGCCGUUCUACAUAGAAUUCUACAUCACCAAAGACCAGUUUCAGGUGGCUGUGGAUGGUCAGCACUACAUCUCCUACUCUCAUCAAUUAUCUUUUAAGGAUAUUAACAGGAUCCAGGUUCGUGGACAUAUAACUCUGGCUAACGUCGACUUCCAGAACACCCCCAAGUACCCUUCCCCUCUGCCACAGACCAAACCUGCGGAAGAAUGGCAGACGGACUUUUUACAUCCCAUGUUGGAGAUCGACCGCGUGUUACAGAGAAUGUACGUGGUAUACAAGCUGACGUCUCAACUUUAUGAACAGUCUUCUAUUAUAGCUGAAGGGUUUGUGAAUGAAGAUGCUAGAUGGUUUGAAGUGAACUUCUUGGUUGGAAGUAAAGAUGACGAUGAUUGGCAUUACUUUGAUCGCGUUUCGCAUGAGAAGCCUGACAACGCAUUCCAAUUUCGACCAUUGUUUACUAGUAAGAUCUACACAUACCGUAACUAUUGGACGGCUUACAAAGGUUGGGGUUAUUCUGAGGGUUCAGAAUCUGAACAGUUUCCGUUCCGUCGAGGACAGCCGUUCUACAUAGAAUUCUACAUCACCAAAGCCGAGUUUAAGGUGGCUGUGGAUGGUCAGCACUACGUCACCUACACACACAGAUUAUCUUUAAAGGAUAUUAACAGGAUCCAGUUUCUCGGACAUAUAACUCUGACCAACGUUCACUUCCAGAACACCCCCAAGUACCCUUCCCCUCUGUCAAAGAUAAAACCUGUGGAAGGAGAGCAGACAGACACUGGAACUUCCAUGUUGGAGAUCGACCGCGAGUUUGAGACAAUACAUAGGAUUUACAAGCUGACGUCUCAACCUUAUGUCCAGUCUUCUCUUAUAGUUAAAGGGUCGUUGGAUGAUAAUUCUACAUGGUUUGAAGUGAAUUUCUUGACUGGAAAUAAAGAAGACUACGAUUCGCCUGACAUUGUAUUCCAAUUUAAUCCAAUUAUUGGUAAAAAGCAUAUCUACACAUACCGUAAUACCUGCAUGAAUGGCAAGUGGGGCGAUGUAGAGGGAUCAGUUGCUGAAUGGUUUCCUUUUCGUCGAGGACAGCCGUUUUACCUCGAGUUCUACAUCACCAAAGCCGAAUUUAUGGUGGCUGUGGAUGGUCGGCACUACGUCUCCUACAAACACAGAGUACCUUUCAGGGGUGUCACCAGGAUCCAGUUUCGCGGACAUAUAACUCUGACCAACGUUCACUUCCAGAACACCCCUAAGUACCCUUCCCCUCUGCCAAAGAUCAAACCUGCGGAAGGAGGGCAGACAGUCGUUGGACAUCCUAAGUUGAAGAUCGACCGCGUGUUUGAGACAACUCAUAUGGUAUACAAGCUGAGGACACAACUUUAUGAACAGUCUUCUAUUAUAGCUGAUGGGUUUGUGGAUGAAGAUGCUAAAUGGUUUGAAGUGAACUUCUUGGUUGGAUAUAAAGAUGACGAUGAUUGGUCUCAAAUUGAAAAGCCUCGCAUUCUAAAAAAAGAAGACGAUGGUCGGCCUGACAUUGCAUUCCAAUUUAAUCCAAGGUUUGCUGAGAAUAUCAACACAUACCGUAAUACCUACAUCAAUGGCACGUGGGGCGUUAAGGAGGGAUCAAUUGCUGAAAGGUUUCCGUUCCGUCGAGGACAGCCGUUCUUUCUCGAGUUCUACAUCACCAAAGCCGAGUUUAUGGUGGCUGUAGAUGGUCGGCACUUCAUCUCCUACAAACACAGAGAACCUUUCAGGUCUGUCACCAGGAUCCAGUUUCGUGGAGAUAUAACUCUGGCCAACGUCGACUUCCAGGACACUCCCAAGUACCCUUCCCCUCAGCCACAGGGAGUGUGGAUACCUGCAGAAGAUUAUAAUGAGGAGGAGCAUGGCGUACAAAUUACUACCUCUGUAAGUACGGACGUUUGUUUACGAUAAAGCAUGGAAGAAAUUGCCAUUCUAAUUUGUUUUGGAAAACCUGAAAAGCAGACAGAAAACCAGAAACCAUGAUGAUGUUAUGAUGUGAGACAAACAACAAACCCAUGGAGAGAAAAUAUACAAGAGAGAAAAUGUCAAACUUACAUUGUACACCGUAAUUAGGAUGCAGUACUAAAUAUAAAAAGCAGUAUUAAAAAUGUCUUCCACUA